AUGGCAUCUAACACAUCUCUGGAUGGCUGCACUAUUGUCUGGCUCUGUCCACUCGAAGUCGAACUCCGGGCAGCCAUCGCCAUGCUCGAUAAGGUAUCAGAUGAGUGCCCCCCAAGAGCCCGAGGUCAGAACGUCGUCUAUACGAUUGGCGAAAUCGGCCUGCACAAGGUGGCCGUUGUCGGCUAUUACCAGGAACAAGGUCUCGCCGUCUCUGGGAGCAUAGCCGCCGAGGUUUUGAGAGACUUGAGGAAUCUUCAAUUGGGCCUCCUAGUCGGUAUCGCCGGCGGUAUACCAUCAUCAACCCACGACAUGCAACUCGGGGAUGUAGCUGUCGCAGUCCCUGAAGGCGAUCGUCCAGGAGUGGUAGGCUAUGACUUUGGAAAAGCGGGAGAUGACGAUCACUAUCAACUCAAGCAUUGGCAAAACUCGACCCAUCCGUUGCUUGGAUCAGUAAUCACCAAGAUCCGGGCGCACGACGAACUGCGAUUCAGGCGACACUUGCAAGUACUAGACAGACUACCGGAAUUCCGGAGGCCCGAAUCUGUUAGUCCGCACUCAACCAACGAUCACCCCAAGGUGCACUAUGGUACUAUUCUUUCCGGAAAUACGGUGAUCAAGUCAAAGUCUAAAAGAGACGAAUUGAGACAGCUCUACGGCGGCAUUGCAGUCGAAAUGGAAGCCGCUGGUAUGAUGACGAGACUACAAGUGGCUGUCAUUCGAGGAAUCAGCGAUUUUGCAGAUUCCUCCAAAGAUGAUAAGUGGCAACCAUACGCUGCGAUCACGGCAGCAGCGUACGCUAAGGAGGUUUUGCUGCGCCUCCCCUCAGAGCAUCAGGAAGACUGGAAAUAUCAAGAUCUUCGCCUAGCACAAGUUCUCCCCGAAAAGUCGGCUUUUGUGGGUAGAGCGGAAGAGAUGGCUUUCUUGGAAGAGGAGCUUGGUUUCCAAGACCAAGCGCCGAUCCAAAAGAGCGUUGUCUGUCUUUGGGGCCUCACCGGAGCUGGCAAAUCCCAACUGGCCGCCAGAUUUGUGAGUCAACAACGGUUGACUCACCCCAAGAGAGAAAUCUUUUGGAUUAAUGGUGAAAAUCGAGAAAGCUUUGAGCGAAGCAUUACCAAAGAUGCGAGAUGGCUUCUGGUCAUUGACGGGGUAAAUGAGACCCCCCCUCGUUCAGCUUCCAAGGAUCCCGCAUCUUUUGAUAUUCACGGCUACGUUGGUAGACUCAAUCGAGGUUAUGUUCUCCUCACUUCUCGGAGGCGCGAUGUAGUUGAGAGGUAUUAUCCGAGCCGUGAGUUGAAAGGACUGAAGAUUCAAGAUGCUGUCAGCCUGCUUCAUUUAAAGAUUCAUCCUCAGUUGAUGGAAGGUAUUUUCUCGCAUACUACACUCAUGUGGUCCCGUGGAGGCUGA